AUUUUGUUGCAGCGCUUUGUGAAGAAAGAACUUUAGCUCGACUUAAAGGCUUGCUGACGUAGGGGGAGGGGCAGGGUAGUGUUGAGAUGCAGUCUUUACAUAUGAAAAUUUACCCAAUUCCUCCAUUCCUUCCGACGACAUCUCCAUGAAAAUAACAAAACAGUUGGAAAGCUGUGUGAAGCACAGAUUUACGCAGCCAAUUCUUACGAUGAGGAAAGAUGGUGCAAUCGUAUCUGGGUAUCCUGUGUGAUGAGCGAAACGUUUUCCGGUUCCCAUGAUGCCCAAAGAGUUUAGCGGAAGUGAACAAAUGUAAUGCCACGUAGUGACGUGAAUGGAAGGAAGCCGGCAGGAGAUAUGAUGAAGACUUUCCCUUGAAUAAAACAUCCUUCGUGGGCCCUUUAACAACAUGCUGCCCUUAACCAGUAAAGACAGCUACAAAGGACAUGACUAUGCACCUAGAAUUCGUCUUACAUCGUGGAUUUUCAACUGGAUAAAACAAAUCCUAUCAAACAAAGGCUCAAGAAAUCUCUUCUUCUUUCUACUUUUGAAUCUGUCGUUUGCGUUCGUCGAAUUGGCGUACGGAAUAUGGACUAACAGUCUUGGUCUUAUUACAGACUCUUUUCACAUGUUCUUUGACUGUACCGCUCUACUUGCGGGUCUUGUAGCAUCAGUGAUCGCUCACUGGGGGAAAAAUGAACGUUUUUCAUACGGGUAUGCAAGGGCAGAAAUCAUGGCAGGAUUUGUUAAUGGACUAUUCUUGAUAUUUGUUGCCUUUUUCAUUUUCUCUGAGGCUGUUGAGAGAGUCUUCCAUCCUCCAGAGGUGAAGCAUGAAAGAUUAUUUGUUGUCUCUGUAUUGGGUUUCCUGGUCAAUCUUGUUGGAAUCUUUGUAUUCCAUCAUGGACAGGGAGAGCAUGGCCACUCACAUGGUGGACAUGGACAUAGUCAUGGGCACUCAGAGAUGAAUGGUGGCCAUGGACAUAGUCAUGGGGGCCACGGCCAUGGACAUAGUCAUGGUCAGUCAUCCACUGAACAGACCAGUGUUUCAUCUUCUAAGAUCAUGGAAGGGGUAUUUCUUCAUGUUUUAGCAGACACUUUAGGAAGUGUAGGGGUUAUAAUUUCUGCUGGCCUGAUUCACCAGUUUGGGUGGAUGAUGGCUGAUCCUAUUUGCUCAAUGUUUAUUGCUGUUUUAAUUGUCUUCAGUGUUAUUCCAUUACUGAAGGAGUCCACAGGGGUACUAAUGCAGAGGACACCCCCACAACUAGAAAAAAUAUUGCAUAUAUCAUAUCAAAGAGUUAAUCAAAUAGAAGAUGUUUAUAGCAUACAAGAUCCACAUUUCUGGACUCUUUGUAGUAAUAACUGGGUUGGAAGCCUGCGCCUUCUUGUCGCACCAAAUGCUGAUACGCACAAGAUUUUGAGCACUACUCAUCAUAUUUUCAACGAGGCUGGAGUGAAGCAACUAUACGUGCAAAUUGAACAUUCAAUUUAACCAUCUUUUGACAUCAAAAGAGAGAUGAAGGGCAAAGGAACUGAAAGAAGGGCCUAGUUCCAUGAAUUGCAGAUAGCCCCCAGCAAGGCAAAGUAAGCCACGUAAACAAUCUACAUACAGGCAAUUUUAGCCAGAUUAUAACACAGUUAGAACCAACGAAGAUACAUUUAUUUAGGUAUGUAUGGGUAGGAUUUUUAUUGCCAUGUUUUAAGAAAAUACAUGCCUGAUAUGGAACUAGCUUUUUUAUUUUAAGAGAGAUUUAGACAUUAAAGAGAUGCCAAGCUGCUCUAUACUUUAUUGAAAAUACAUGUUACAAGACGUGUUGACUUUCGAAUCUAGGCUUACAAGGAUGUGCUCAUUAUUUCCAGUAUGGAAAGGGAAAUACAGUUUUACUAGCGAGAUGCAGUACAUACUUUUGUACAUUGUUUAUUAGUACAUUUGUAGACUGUACGCACUAAAUAAUAAGCAAGUCCAUAAUAGAAUGAUCCCUCAAUAACAAUAUUUCAAAACAUAUUAGUGCGUACACUCUACAAUACUUAUGUCCUGAAUAUAUAUAAUAAAACAAGAGAAUGAAAUACA